AAACAGUCUGCCACUGCAGUCUACCUACAGCAUCGGUAUUUUAGACAAGUGUUGGUUAAGGUAAACUUUAAAGAAAAUGUUAGAUCAAGUUCAAGAACCUAAUGCCUUUAUUAGAAAAAAAACUACAUUACCUAAUGCACCUCUGGAACCCCGAAAUCAUUUUUCAAAAACACCAGUAAUUUAUGAUCAUUUAUUUUUUGUGAAUUUUAACAAAGCAGGACAUUCCAUACUUGGUGCAUCAGCAAUAACCGACAGUUUCUGGGAAGGUACUCUACUUUAUUUUAAAGAUGAAGAUCAAUUAGAAAAUUUUGAUUAUCAUGGAUCUUAUGUAUAUGGUACCACAUCAGAUGGAAAAUUUAUAGAUGAUAAAACAAUAGCUUUAGCUGAGGAUUCAGGACACAUAAAUAUACUUUCUAUUGAUGAAGAUGCUACACUUAGAACUACAAACUAUUUUUGGUUAUGUGAAAGGGUACCAGAGAUAGCUGUAUGGGAAAAUUCUAGUAGAGUGUUAAGUUGUGCUGGAAGAACAGUGUAUAUUUAUGAUGCUAAUUCAACUAACGGAAAGCCUAUAGAAAGAUAUGAUUCUUACCACUGUGAUACAGUUUCAAGUGUUGAUACCUUAAAAGACAAUACAAAUGUGUUUUUAUCAGGAGGUAGGGACAGAAUGGCUUGUAUAUGGGAUAUGAGAAACUCUGUGGCAGCUUCCUUGCUUUAUUCCAACGAAUUCUCAGCCAUUAAUAGUGUAGCCUGGAACCAAUCCGAUACUAAUUAUAUAGCAGUGGGAACACAAGCCGGGGACGUAUAUCUAUUGGAUAAAAGAGAACCAAAAGACUUCGUUUCAGUUAUUUCUUGUUUUCCUUCUCCAGUAAAUAGACUUCGUUUUAAUACCAAUUCAAAUCUUGCAAUUUGUGGCGAUUCAAAAGAUGUGCUUGUAGUCAAUACUCAAUCAAACAAUAUGAAUGUAAUUUAUAAAAAUGAAGAUCACAAAGGGCAUGUUAAAGGACUUUCCUGGAACGGGGACGUUUUGUUUUCGUGCGGAUUUGAAAGAUCUUUAAUCAAACAUGUAGUAUAAUAAAUUUUUUAUAUUUUU